CUCAACUGUUCAAAACUAACAAUUCGUUCGAAAGGGGAUCAUGGCAAUGCAUUAGCUUAAAAAAGUUAAAGCUGUGUUUUUGUUGGAAAAUUAUAAUUUCAAAUUUUGCGUAUGUCAGGGCCAGUAACCCCGUUAUUAGAAUUCAACUUUCGUUUUCAUAGUUCUACUUAUAAAUUAUCGUUGGGCGUUAAUAUUAUGAGUUAUUGGUUGUCAAUCAUACCUGCCGCUGUAUGCUGCGUCUGUUUUUACUAAUUAAGGAUUAUUUGAUUUCUCAGUUCAUGGUGCCUGCAUAUAUUAGCAUAAAUAAGUAGAAUGACAGAGAAAGCGAAAUGCCUGCGAGCCCUGGGGCUUCGGGAUGGUGCUUCAGAUGAAGAAAUAAAGAGAGCCUACAAGAGGCUUGCUUUGCAAUUUCACCCUGACAAGAAUACCGGUGAAGAUGCCAAGGAGAAGUUCCAGGAAAUAGCUUAUGCCUACAAGUUUCUGACAGAAGGUCCCUCUGCUUUUCCCUCCGACAGCAGCAGGGAGGAUAUACUCAGACAAAUGUUUGAAGAGAUGUUUUUCGCCAGGUAUAUGCGACAUCGGUUUGGAUUUCCGAUGUUCUUCGGUGGAGACUGUGAUGAAGAAUUCUACUUUGAUGACUCUGACGAUGAUGAUGAAGGAAGUCCAGGUGGAAGAUUUCACUGCCCACCAAGACGAGAAGACAGACGUGAUGACAAGCCCCAACCGACCUACGCGCCCCCACCGAUGUAUCGGGAACCAAGCAAGAAACAGAUGAGAAAGAAAGAGAGAAGACACAAACAGAGGGUGAGAAUUAAGGAGAAGAAGCGCCUAGGAAAAGGGGGGAAGGAAAAACUACCCCCGGACUUCCAGCCUGGUAAAUCUCAACCCUACAGGGAGAGACAGAAAACCUCAACACAAGCUGAUGACAAAACUGAAGAUAUGUCUAGUAAUCCCAAGUCAGAAGGUUGUGUGCCUCCGCAAGCCAAGAAAGCAACCAGCGAGGAGAAGCCAGCAUCUAGAUCUGACACACCAGUCCAGGGUCAGCCGAAUAAGAUGACGAAGAGACAGAAGAAAAAACUUGAGUCAGAGCAGAGAAAACGUGAACAGGAGAUGAAAGAGAUAGCUGAAGAGCUACACAGAAAACAUGAGAGAGAAAAAGAGAAAAAAGAGGAAAGGGAGAGACAGGCUGCCAAACAGAGGCGUGAUGACAAAGAAAACAUUGACAUCUCAGCAUGCUUUGAUUUUCGGAAGAAAUCAAAAAGAGCGAGGCAAAGAGAGCGUAAAAUGCAGGAAGCAGAAAGCCGAGCGUCUGUCAGUGAGACCCCCACUUCUCAAUCCAACAUGCCACGGGUAGAUACGCCACUUACAGAUAUUACUGGAAAUAAUGCCUGCUCAGACACUGAAUCUAAGGGCAGUUACUCUAGCAUAAAGGGCACUGCAUCCACAUACAGUACAGAAAGAAAGGGGAGUAACUCUGGUAAAAAACAUUCUGCCCCUGGCUAUUGUACUGAAUCCAUGGGAAGUAACUACAGUAUGAAAAAUACAGCUUAUGGAUCAAGUGCCACCAACAAUGCAGAUGGAGGUAACUCUCCUGGUGGAUAUAUACCUACUACUGGUUUCUAUGAGAUCAAGAAACCAUUGGCAACUCGCAACAAAUUCAACUGUCUGGAUGAUAUUGAGGAUGACGGCAAUUCAAGUUACAAAAAGGAUGCAAAGAUGCCAGAUUUACCAAGUUUUAACCAGUAUUCUCAACCACCUAACUUCCAAUCAAACAGUGGAGUAACAGGACUAAAUACAAUCCCUGAACCAGACAAACAAUACCAAUCUGCAUAUGUGUAUUCCGUGCCUCAAGUCCCCCAGGCUAAUAAUAGCUUUGAUUCAGGACAUUCCACAUUCAGCAGUACUGGUAACUAUGGUCACAAUGUGAACAACGCUUCUGCAGACAAUAAGUUCAACACACAGUGUAGUACUCCUCCAUCAAAGGGGAGAAAAGUGCCGAGUACUCCACAGACCCAGACUGAUAAACUUUUUAGUGCUACGCAAAAUGAAAAACUGUGCUGUGGCAAACAGUUCAAUGGUUUGCAAAACAAAGACAAUGAAGUGUUCAGCGCUUCAACAAGAAAUGCAAACCAAAGUGCUUUCAAACAAUUUGGCCAUAUCAAUGGAAUUGUUAUUGAUAACAUUAAGAGAGAUAGCUUUGAUAAAACACAAGCUACUCCACAUGUAUCAGUAAACGAUUGGAGUAGGAGUGUUGAAGUUGAGGGUGAAAAUGAGGUUUAUGACCGUGCUGAUUGUUCCAAUGAUAAUGAUGAUGGUAUAGAUGGGGAGGAGGACAUUGAUGUUAAAAUUGAUCAGCAGCAUACAACGUUUCAUCAAAGAAAAUACCAUAACAAUUCAGACUAUGAGGAUCGGAGAAAUCAGCCUUACCAAAAUGCCAAUCCAUAUCAUUCAAAUUUUAAAAACUAUACAAACAGACCAUCAGGGUCUUACAUGGGUCAUGGAUUUGGUCCCCACUACCCCCAACCCGGAACAUUCAGGGGUCCCCCUCCACCGGGACACAUGUCCACUCAGAAUCCCGGGGGAAUGGCCAGAGAUCAGCGCCUGAAUAACCCCACCGUGGGCAACCAGCCGCGAUUUACCUUUGCUAAGGGUGGCUACCCUGUUCCCAAAUACCCAGGAUAUGAAGAAAGGUCUUGCUAUCCUCCCCCACCCCCUGGCUGUAGACCCCCGGGGUUUGUUACUAAUCCCAGGGGCUCUAGUCCUCCUGGACAACAUGCUCACAAGGAGGAAAGCAGGAAUUUACCACACACAGAUCUUCAUAGCAAUACAAAUAAUGUAGAAGAUAGGAAAGCUUCAUUUAAUAUAAAUAGCAGUUAUUCACGUAGUACCCAUUUGUACUCAAAUGAGACUGAUUCAGUUAAAUAUGCCAAGGGAGGUACUCUUAAUGAGAUUGAAGAAGUAUUGAGAAAUACAUCUUGUAAUGACCGAUCAAAUCCUAAAGCUACACAUACUGCUCAUACCAUAGAAACAGGCGUGAACUCGCAUAACCAAAGUAUCGGCUCACUAGAUUCUCUUGAUGACUUCAUGUGUGAUGGGCUCCCAGCACGCAGUGAUGGCUUUGGAGGUUUCGCACAAAACCAGACUAGUAACGGAAUGGGUCGGGAUGGUUUUAGCUUGCAGUCAGAACUAGGGGUACCGGCGGGAAUGUUUACUGAUAGUAUGAAAAAUUACUACAAAAGAUGAUGGCUUUUAUUUUUAUAGAUAUUUCGGAAUGAUAAUGUGUUGUGGUACCACUUACCUGACCAAUCUUGUUUAAAAAAAACAAAGGUUAGAAAAAUAAAAAAAAGGUUGAAAUAUAUUUUUGGAAAUUUGCACCAUGAGGCACUAUUAUUGUACAUGGUGAUACAGUUGACUUGUAUUGUGUUACUUGGCAACCAUAAUAUCAGGAUGUGUAUUUAUGUUAUCAAUACUAUGAUGUACAUGUCUGCCUAGCCUGUUGUCUGUUUAGAAUGUAACAGAUUUUGCCAAGUUUUAACUAGUAUUCACUAACCUACAAUCAGUCACAAUAUUAUUUUAGUUUUGCUUUCACAUGUUUGUUUACAAUGUUUUUAUGUCGAAAUGAGUAUUAUUUGCAUUUUUGAUGGUUUUAGAACUGCUGUUGUAACCAUUAAGUUUUUGGUAAAAGUUUCAGGAAAAGAGGCUUUCGAGAAAGUGACCAGUACACUAUUGAAUAAACUUACAUAUCUGUUUACUGAGGAUACAUUUUGAAAGAUACUCAGUUCAUUCUACAACUAUUUCAUUUAAACAAGCAUCUCUUUCCAGGAAGGCAAAAUAGAUAAAUUCUACUAUAGUGGCAGCUUCCUGUUCAUUUUGGUGUUUUUUCUACCUUUUUACAUUAAAAAACUGAAAGGAAAUGGUCUAAUUUGAAUGUGCUUUCGGGUUAAACGGAUUAGCCCUUAAGAGGGUGAACGUGAAGGAGUUCUACAUGUUUCUAUUUCCAUUUAAAACAUUUUCCCCGCAUUUCUAUAUUGAUUGUGUUCAAUCUUUUCAUUAGGGCAAUAUUAAUUUUUAGCUUGACAAUUCCCCUGAAUGACUUCAAUGGUUGAUUUAAGUUUAAGGGCCAGUUGGGAUUUUCACUAAUAAAUCCUAUAACCUUCAUUCAAUUCACUUCAUACUUCUCACCAAUUGAUGAUAGCCAUCAUACAAUUUGGUUACGUAUUCCAUGAUAUUUUAAAUGCAAAUUAUGUCCUUUGAUCAACUUGAAAGUUUGGUGAAAGUUUAAGGGCAACUUGGCAUUUUCAUUUAAAAGUCCUAUACCUUUCAUUUAAUGGAUUUCAUACUUCACACAAUUGUGGACAGUAAUAGGCCAAUUAGGUUACAUUACUUAAUGUUAUCCUAAUUACAAAUUAUGGCCCUUGAUCAAAUAAGAUGGUUUAAGGGCAACUUGGGGUUUUACCUCAGAUCUCAAAUAACUUUAUGUAAAUGGACUUCGUACUUUACAUAAUUGUCCACGGCAUCACACCAUAAGGUUACAUAACAUUUUGUCAUAAAUUAAAAUUAUUAUAAUAAGUUAAAUUAGUGACUGUUUUAUGGAUGUAUUUUGUUAGGUCUUUGAAUAUAAUAGAUUAACUUUGUUACUGAUCAACAGAUGUAUUAGGUGAGGUGAUAAGAUAAAGGCUAGUUUUGUGUCUGGUUCACAGAUGUAUUAGGUGAGAUGUAAAGAUAAUAUCUUAACUUUGUGACCAUUACACAGAUGUAUUAGGUGAGGGCUUUGAAAAUAAUUGGCUAAUUUGGUGACCGUUACACAUGUGUAUCAGGUGAGGUCUGUGAAGAUAAUAUGUUAACUUUGUGAACGUUACAGAGCUAUAUAAGGUGAGGACUGAAGAUAAUAGGUUAAUUUGGUGACCGUUACACAAAUGUAUUAGGUGAGGUGUGAAGAUAAUAGGUUACCUUUGUGACCGUUACACAGAUGUAUUAGGUGAGGUCUGUGAAGAUAAUAGGUUAACUUUGUGACUGUUACAAGGAUGUAUUAGGUGAGGUGUGAAGAUAAUAGGUUAACUUUGUGACUGUUACACAGAUGUAUUAGGUGAGAUGGGAAGAUAAUAGGUUACCUUUGUGACUGUUACACGGAUGUAUUAGGUGAGAUGGAAAGAUAAUAGGUUAACUUUGUGACUGUUACACAGAUGUAUUAGGUGAGAUGGGAAGAUAAUAGGUUACCUUUGUGACCGUUACACAGAUGUAUUAGGUGAGGUCUGUGAAGAUAAUAGGUUAACUUUGUGACUGUUACACGGAUGUAUUAGGUGAGGUGUGAAGAUAAUAGGUUACCUUUGUGACCGUUACACAGAUGUUUUAGGUGAGGUCUGUGAAGAUAAUAGGUUAACUUUGUGACCGUUACACAGAUGUUUUAGGUGAGGUGUGAAGAUAAUAGGUUACCUUUGUGACCGUUACACAGAUGUUUUAGGUGAGGUCUGUGAAGAUAAUAGGUUAACUUUGUGACCGUUACACAGAUGUUUUAGGUGAGGUCUGUGAAGAUAAUAGGUUAACUUUGUGACUGUUACACGGAUGUAUUAGGUGAGGUGUGAAGAUAAUAGGUUACCUUUGUGACUGUUACACAGAUGUAUCAGGUGAGGUCUGUGAAGAUAAUAGGUUAACUUUGUGACUGUUACACGGAUGUAUUAGGUGAGGUGUGAAGAUAAUAGGUUAACUUUGUGACUGUUACACGGAUGUAUUAGGUGAGAUGGGAAGAUAAUAGGUUACCUUUGUGACCGUUACACAGAUGUUUUAGGUGAGGUCUGUGAAGAUAAUAGGUUAACUUUGUGACUGCUACACGGAUGUAUUAGGUGAGAUGUGAAGAUAAUAGGUUAACUUUGUGACUGUAACACGGAUGUAUUAGGUGAGAUGGGAAGAUAAUAGGUUAACUUUGUGACCGUUACACUGCUGUCAUUAGGUGAGAUGUGAAGAUAAUAGGUUAAUUUCGUGACCGUUACACAGAUGUAUUAGGUGAGGUGUGAAGAAAAUAGGUUAAUUUCCUGACUGUUAUACAGAUGUAUCAGGUGAGGUCUGUGAAGAUAAUAUGUUAACUUUGUGACUGUUUCACAGUUGUAUAGAUGAGGUUACAUGUAAAUACUUCAGCUUAUGGAUAUUUUUGCUUUGACCAGAUUCCAUACUCGACUACUGUUUAGUUCAACAAUUAUUUUAUUUUAUUUAUUUUCUUGAUAGUUUUUGUUUUAGCAGGAAGCUAUUUUAGUCCAUGUCUGAGAUGUUAUGUAUUUAGUCCAUGUCUGAGAUGUUAUGUAUUUAGUCCAUGUCUGAGAUGUUAUGUAUUUAGUCCAUGUCUGAGAUGUUAUGUAUUUAGUCCAUGUCUGAGAUGUUAUGUAUUUAGUCCAUGUCUGAGA